AUGGUUAGUUUUGAAACUAAGGAACUUUAUGGGGGUGCUAUCACAACUCAAAUUCCUAAAGGAUUGAUCGAUGCCUCAGAUCUAAGACAAAUACCAGAUACUCAAGAAGUUUUCUUAAAUCCAAGUGAAAAUACAAAAGAUUAUACAAUUUUACAUAAAGAUGAUUCUAUAAUUGUGGAUUUGAUGGAGAGAAUCGAGGGUGAAGAUCUUGAAGCUAUAAAAGAACAUUUCAGUGAGAUUGCAGCUUUAAAUGAUUCUUCAAAUAGUUGGAAAUUAUUUGCUGUUGAUCAAACUUCAAAUAAAUUAAAUACAAAAGCAUAUAUAGCAAUUGGUCUUGAGCCUGCAAUGAAAUGGGGUCGUGAUGAAUCCAAAGGCUUAGAUUAUAAACCAACUUUAGCUGUGGUACUGGGGAUAAUACGAUUAGAUAAAGUGGAAACAGAUGUUUUAAUUACUCAAAAUGUACUAAUAUCUGAUAAAGAAGAACUACAAGAUUUAGAAAAAUUGACAGAUUUAAGUGAUGAACAAAACAAAGCUGCUAAGAGAAUCUCGUUGGCUGAUGGUAUAGUCAAACAAGCCAUCAACACAUUAGAAAUCAAAGAUUGGAAUCUAUUUGGUUAA